AUGUCAUAAGUUUCAUCUACUAGAUUUUCACUUCCCAGGAUUGCAGAAAAUGAUCCUAAGUCUAAAUAAGUCCUAACCACAAGAACAAUGAGACCUUCCCUAUUUCUAAACUAAAUAGACAUAAUGCCUAAUUCUCUAAAAACUGAGGCAGAAGCAACAGAAAGAAGUGUUUGCAAACCGAUUCACACUGAAAUUGAAAGCGAUCCUCUGAUUGAGAUCUCUUAUCACCUCAAACUACCGAUUUUGUGCAAUUCAAGAACUUCAAAGUUAUAACAAUCACUACCUGAUUUGCCUUUAGAAAAUAGGGAAUCAAAAAAUGCAUCUCCUAUCGAAUACAAGAGACCUGUCAAGAGAACGAGGUUGUUCUUAAGAAGAUAAGAGUCUAAAAUAGAUGCUCCAGUAAUCAAAUUUUAAAGGAAGAGAGUGGAGUUCAAGAAGUCUUUGAUUGUGAUAGAUUUGGAGACUGGUGUCUAGGACCGUUAGGAAUUGAAUGAAGUCAAAAAACCAUUAAGAAGGAUUGUCCACCAAAAGACCAGAUCUUAUUAAAAGAAAUAAGAAUGA